AUGCCAAAAGCUAAGGCGCCUCGCUUCUCGCGACGCAAGUCGCAUAAGAUUGCUACAGUCAAGCUACGCGAUACAAACGACGCGAACAUAACCUUCGAGGAGUUCCAGACGCUCGCUAAACUUCCGACGUUUACUAAAACUGGCUCAAAGAAGAACUACAAAGUAGUCUUCAAACCUGGCGAUUAUGCUCGAUUCUAUAACGUCACUCUGGAAGGUCGAGACGACGUCUUGGAUAGCGAGUACUGGGUAGGCAAGAUCAAAGAGAUACGCAGCGCAGAUUCAGGCAGCAGUGCUUGGGUCCACGUUCAAUGGCUCUGGGCGCCAGAAGAAGUUCAAGCUCUAAACGCGGAAAUUGAUGUCUCUCAUAUGGGUGAAUGGGAACGAAUCCUGUGUGACAACGCUUUCAAGAGCGAGACCGUCGUCCAUACGGAUACUAUUGAAGGCCCUACGGAGGUGUACUUUUUCGACGAACAUGUGAUGCGUAUCCCAGACAUCGAUGCAUUCUAUGUGCGGAGUAUUUUUAAUUAUGGGAAGAAAACAUUGACGCACUUCAACAAAGAGUCCGACUGUAGCUGUGUGCAGUGCGGACAAGGAUAUAAUCCCGACAGGUCGUAUGAGACCCCGCUACGAUAUUGUGCGACUUGCCGUGUCUGGUGUCAUACUGGCUGUCGCAAGGGCGAAAGCAAACGACUGAUUGAAUCCUCCGAGUUUACAAAUGGACAGCACUACGCGAAAGGACUUCUUCUAUCUGGACCCGCCGGGGAUCCCGUGCGCCCUGGACCAAGGUCCAAGAAAGCUCGGAACGUUGCAGAGCGAGCCAUCAACGUGAACCUCAAAACUCUGUCCACGCGCGUGCCAAAGCGUUUGCUCAAUACCCUCGUUUCUCUCGCAGAGACGCGCAUCGUGCGCCCUCUUCCCGGCAACAUCGUGGGCAAUAAAGCGUACGUGCUCCGUGCGCGGGAGUGGGUUCGCGAAGCUCGCACUCCAGGCGGAUUGUCGCGUGAUCGCGUCAAAAAGCUCGAGAAAUGGUUCGACGAGCUGACUGACGAGAUUGCAGUCAACGAUCUCCUUGCGCGCGACAUCCGCAGAGAAGCCGACUUGACUGAGCUUUUCGUUUGCAAUGAAUGUGGCUACCCCGUUUGA